CAAACUUGUAGGCAUUGCAGCAAAUUGCAAUAAAUGUGGCCUGAGCUUUUUUUUUUUAUCAGUUUGUUUUCCAAAGGACUACUACCAUGUUUUGGUACUCAAGGGGAUAACCAAAGUUGGCAAUGGGCGACUUUGACAAGAUCUGGCGCGAGCACUGUGAAGAUGAGCAGACGCUGAGUGAGUACGCCCUCGCCAUGAAGAAUCUCGCUGACAACCACUGGACCAAAAACUGCGAAGGAGAGGGGCGCAUCGACUGGUGUCGCAGUGUCUGUCAAGAAUAUUUUUUGGAUGGCGGGAUGAAGAGAAUGUUAGAAAAGGAUGAGAAAAGUGCCAUGCUCGCCAUGGGUCUGACUGCUGCAUCUGUAAGUGCCCAACCGAACAGCACCAUUCCCAGGUGAGCACGCUACACCUCAUGCUAUUAUUCUCUGGAGUAAUAGAUAUAAACUGCUGCGGAAUAAAUCUUUAUUCUAU